GAUCUAGUUGCUGCGCUUUGUGCCACGUCCAGACGUGUCUCCCUGGGCUCUUGCUUUAAGCUAGUGACAUUACAAGUGGAGCUUGGUUGCAGUCAGGACCAGAAAAUGUUUGUCACUAUACUGUUCGGAGACAGCAGGAUGGAAAUGUUCAACCUCAACUGUAAGCUGAUAGACUUGAUCCAUCAUUUAAAGGAGAGGUGUGGUCUGGAUUUUAAAGAGUGUGUGGACCUGAUGGACAGCAGUGGUAGAGUGAUGAACCUGGAGGGGAAGCAGCAAAGUGUGGCUCUGGCCAGCAGCGUCCUGGUAGAGAGACACCACUACAUCCUCCUGCGAGUGUGCCGAGAUGGUGAUACUGGAGAUCGGAAAUAUGUGUCUCUCCUGAACAACUUCUCCCAGAGUCAUCCUGAGUUGACAGAGCUGCUGAGGAAACUUUCAAAGCCAGACAAGGAGCGAGAUGGAAAGACCAGAGGUGGACGAACACAGAGGAGCAAACAAACCAGGAGCAAAAGCAUCUCUGCAAAUAACAAGAGCCAAAAAAUGAAAUAGUUUCUACCUGAGUCAUGACAAACUCUUAAGUCUGAUUUCUGUACAAAAUCUGAAACACAUGAACAGACUAGAUUUAUCAUGUAGCUAUACAAACAAUCUGUUAAAUGCAUCAGAUAUAGGUCUUUAGCAAAUUUAUUUUCUAUUUUAGCGAUAUGUACUACCAACUGAGUAACUGUAUUAGAAGAAGAUGUCUUCAAUAAAACUAAUGUGUGAAUGCUAUGAAUAAAAACCACAGUAUCACACACA